AUGUCUAUUUUCCUGACUACUCAAAUACGCCUUUGUGGCAACUAUUUGUUCAAGUUCAACCUGACAGCCGACUCAGUAGCUAAAAGUGACCCGGGUGCUGUACAAGCUCCGUCGGGGUACGAAGUCAAAACCAUCCUACGCUACCUGCGUCGGGAAGAGGUAGACAUUCCGACAGAAGAAGAGACACCCUGUAAUUGUGACGGGCAGAGACCAUCACACUACUUGUCUCCAUGGGAACUGGCAAAUAAGCAGAAAGAAAUGGCAGAAAGUUUGGAAAGAUUUGAAAAACGGCGUAUUGACCUAAGGGAUGUUCACAACCAAGUGGAAGGGUCUUCACCGAUCAGCUACCCGGCUCACGGUGUCUACUGCAGGCCCUUGAAGACGGUCAGGUUAAAAGGAGUUCGCAUAGAUUGGUUCGAUGCCAGUGUCGUCCAAGAUCAAACACAGCUAACGGUAAGUUUCAAACUUUCACACUAA